AUGAAGAGACCAAGACGCCGAGUUAACGAAUCCGAUCUCGACUAUACGAAAGCUGCAGAAGAAAAUUCGAAGAUUUUAUUGAAGGAGAAAUAUGAGAUGCUUCGAUGGACUGACACUGUUGAAAUCAAAACACCGAAUCUUCUUAUACCUACACAAAUAGCUAACUAUGUGGAAUCAUUGCCAUUCUGCAAGAUCAGUGUUCCAUCUUCGGCUGACCGUUUUGCCAUAAUGCAUCAUAGCCGCCUCUUGGACGUCUACGCUAUUGAUGGGCAGAAUAUAGUUCAGGAAUCGAGCGUGCAAGUGCUGGAAGAUGAGUUCCCUCAAUACUGCUUGUUAGAAUUUACUGCUUCUGGAUCACUACUUCUGUCAACCCGGAGUAGUGCGCAGAUUGACGUAUUUGAUCACCAGGGCGGGUACUGCUAUGAUAUUCCAUUGGAAUCCCCGGCAAACAAUAUUGACUUGGUAUGUGCUAUAUCUGCCAUCCGAACUAUUGCCAACACUUCAACAGAUGAUAAAUAUCUCGAUAUUUUAUACGCUCUACAAUACAAUGGGACCAUGUCCGUUUAUAAAAUCGGGUAA